UGGUGUAGACCCCGCCCCCACCUCCAAGUGCGCUGGGGCUCUGCGGCAGCUGGAGGGGUGCUGCUGCGCCUGCUGGGGCCGCACCUCGAGCCGGGGCCGCCGGCGGGUCUGCAGCCAUGUCGGGCCGCUCGGUGCCACAUGCCCACCCGGCCACCGCCGAGUACGAGUUUGCCAACCCGAGCCGCCUGGGCGAGCAGCGCUUCGGGGAAGGCCUCCUGCCAGAAGAGAUCCUGACCCCCACCCUCUACCAUGGCUACUAUGUCCGGCCCCGGGCUGUCCAAGCUGGGGAGGGCAGCAGGGCAGGGGCCUCUGAGCUUCGGCUCAGUGAGGGCAAGUUCCAGGCGUUUCUGGAUGUGAGCCACUUUACCCCCGAUGAGGUAACCGUGAGGACUGUGGACAACCUACUGGAGGUGUCUGCCCGGCACCCCCAGCGCCUGGACCGCCAUGGCUUCGUGUCCAGAGAGUUCUGCCGAACCUACGUCCUGCCUGCUGAUGUUGACCCCUGGCGGGUCCGCGCUGCUCUCUCCCAUGAUGGCAUCCUCAACCUGGAGGCGCCUCGGGGUGGCCGACAUUUGGACACAGAGGUCAAUGAGGUCUACAUCUCCCUGCUCCCUGCACCUCCUGAUCCAGAGGAAGAGGAGGAAGCCAGUGUUGAGCCCUGAGUGCCACAGAGCCAGCACCCUUUCUAGCUCCCGCGGUGAUAGGACUAGCUGCUCACCACCCCAGAGGUAGCAGCAUCCUUGGGGGAAGGGAAAAGUGCAUGGUCACAAUGUAUGGUUUGGUCCUUUGGGACGUGUCAUAGUGUUUUCAUUUAGUUUUGGGUGGAGUUGAAUAAACCCAAAUCUCAGGGCCUUA